CGCCCUCAGACACACCGCACAUGCAGUCGCCCACGCCCGCGGCCGCCUUUGCCGCCGCGCUCACGGGCCUGCGCGACGCGCCGCACUCGGCGCGCCUCAGCGCCCACGCCGGCCUCGGCGCCGCCUUUGCUCACGUCUGCAGCGAGCGCGCAGCCGAGGCCCUCGACGGCGCCGGCGCACGUGCCGGCCUGCAGAGCCUCGAGCUCGACGACGACGCCGAGGCGUGGCAGCGCGAGGCGCGCACAUGGCAGCUGCUGGCACUGCUCUACCACGAGCGCCUGACGCGGCCCGUCGCAGCCGAGCAGGCCGACAGCGCCGGCUCGAGCACGCAGCCGUACGCCACGCCGCUGAGCUCGGUGCAGGACGUGCUGCGCGCCAGCAGCGGCGUGGCCGAGCUGGAGCUGAUCCGCAACUGGCUCGGCGCCCACCUCGGCAGCGCACUGCAUCCCGUCGAGGUGCGCAAGGGCUACCGGCCCUUUACGCGCAACCGCCUGCGCGCCGAGAAGCGCGUUGGCGGCACGAGAGGGGGACGGGCUGGAAGCAGCUUGGGCAUGGGCAGUGCUGGCGGACGCAAGGAGCGCGAUCGCGCACUGGACCCGGACGCGGGCGGCGAGGAGAAGGAGGACGUGUCCUACGACCGCGCGUUGUCGCGCACCCUCUUCGAGUACGCACGCGCCGGCCGGCUGCUCGACGCGCUCGACUUGGCGCGGCAAGCCGACCAGCCCUGGCGAGCUGCCAGUCUGCGAGGCGCCAUGCUGCAUUGGCGGCCUGGCUGUGAUGACGAGGAAGUCGUCGAGCUUGAGCAGGCAACGGGAAACCGCAACAGGGCCUUGUGGAAGGCAGUGUGCCGGAGCUUGGCCUCAAAAACGACCCUCGACCCGUAUGAGCGCGGCCUGUACGGCGCGCUGAGCGGCGACCUUGCCUCUGUCUUGGCUGUGUCGACGACAUGGGAAGCACAGCUCUGGGCCUACGUCAACGCGAGUCUCGAGGCGUCCAUCGACACUGCCCUCGAUGCGCGUGCCGGCUGGUGGAGCCAGGAGGCUGCCGUCACGUUCACCGAUGCGCGCGAGACGGGAGCGGUCAAGCUCGUCGAGCUCACGAUCCCUGAUGCGCUUGCGGGCGUCAAGCGGGCAGAGGGAAAGCAGACGGACGGAGCUACGGCGCGCGAGCUGCGCGAUGUCUUUGCGGUGCUGGCGCAGACACCGGCGCGCGGCGUGCACAUGCAAGCGAACGACCCCUUCGUGGUCGUGCAGCGCGCUGUGAUCCUCGAGGAGGUCAACGACCUGCUCGUUCACCUCGAGUCUCGUCUGGUCGACAUGCGGCAUUCGACGGCGCCACAACAAUACGCCCGCCUCGUGCGCUUCUUCGCGCACCUCGUCUUGUUCCUGCGCCUGCUCGAUCUGCCGCGUCCACCGCCAGACGUGACGUCCAACGCGCUUCUGCGCGCCUACGUCGAGGUGCUUGAGGAGCAAGGGGCAGAGGACGGCCUCAUUGCGCUCUACGCUAGCUCGCUGGAGCCCGAGAGCGCCACGCAGAGCUACGCGCACUACCUCAAGCUCAUGGACAUGCACACGCCCGCCGAGGUGCGCCGCACUGCGCUGCAGAAGGCCAGCGAGCACCACCUCGACACCGACGCUGUCGCGCGCACGACGGUGGCCAUGAUCUUCGACGAGGUCUUCCCGAGCAUGGUCUCUUCACUCUCGAGCGGCGUGCCUGUCACGUCCUUCGACGCCGCUCUCGAGACGCAGGAAGAGCGUCUCAUCUUGGCUCUCGACUGGCUCACCUACUCGCCAACGACGCAUCGCGAUGCAAUCCUGCAGUCCAACGUGCUCAUGCGCCUCUUCUUGGCGUCGGGCAAGCUGCACGCCGCACGAACCCUGCUGCUGGGCCUGCCGGCGGACGUGGUCCGAGCGAUCGAGGACGAGGAGCUCGAGGGCGACGAGGGAGACGAGCACAUGCACUGGCGCAGCUUCUUCGACGCUCUCGCCGCGCAUGUGCGCUUCUCUGAGCUCUGGAGCGCGCGUGAAGAGCAGCGCACCCGCGUCGAGCGCCACGACUGGCUGCAGGCUCUCGAGUCGAGCGUUGCGAAUGCACAGCAGGCUGCGCUCGAGGUGCUGGAGAUGGACUGGCUCAAGAUGGACGUGCCGAUCGUGGACCUGAGCUCCGAGCGGCGUGCCACCGAGCUUGCACGCAUCCGGCAGAUCUACAUCCCCGAGCUGGUGCUGCGGCUACACUUCAUGCUGCUCGACACGUCCAGCGUGCUUCCGGGCCAUCUGGCCGCCGCGCUGCGCCUGCCGAACCUCGUCGCCGACGAGCGGCACAAGCUGUACCUCGAGUUCGUCACGCCCGCACAGGCCGGCGAGGGCAACCGGCUGCGCGAGUACCUCGGCUUUGUGCGCGAGGCACACCUGCAGGCGCUCGAGAGCAGCACAGACGCAUUCGCUGUUGCAGCACAGUGACGCAAAUGACAUUGAUUCAAUGAGA